AUGGAUCUAGUUCCCCCCUCUGCACCGCAGGAAGGAGAGGCCCUUCCAUCCCACAGCUUGGAAACCCAGCCCAGGACAGAUCCCGUCUCCUUGGAAACUGCCCAGCAGCGCGUAUUCAAGGCCGGCAGCGGGCCUGGCGGAUCUGCACUUCAGCCCCGCCCACUGGUGGCAGCACCGCCCCAGCAUCCGGCCGGCGCCAUAUUCAGGCUCCGCAAUUUCUGCCCUCUCACGUCUAGCCUCGGGAGGACACAGACGCAAGCGCUAGAGGAGGGCCCCGCGGCGUUGCCAUGGCUACAUGCGCCGCGCUCUGCGCGGGCCGGUGUGAGCUUCUGGGGCGGGCAGCGGGCUCCGGAAGUAUGCAGCUACCCGGGACCAUGGCGGUGCUUGCUGCUGGGGCUGGAGGCUUGCUCGCCUGGGCGACUAGUUCUGGCCUGGUACAUUCUGUGUGACGUCAACCCUCCAGAGGGCUUCAGCCUCUGUAGAAGCGUCUGUAUCCACAUCGCCUUCCUCCUGAAGACCCUGCUGAAAAUGGAGGAAUCGGUGCUGGUGAUACCCCCUUGGGGCCGCCUCUACCAUUGGCAGAGCCUGGACAUCCACCAGGUCCGGAUUCCCUGGUCUGACUUUUUUGAUCUCUCAAGUCUCAACAGAAACAUCCCUGACACUGAGUACGAACCGUUCAUUGCAGGUGAAUUUGGUCUUUCCAUAGUUUUUCUCAGGAAAUAGAUCUGAAGUGUAUGAGAUCUGUGUUCCCUCCGCUCUGAAAAUCCUGGCCUCCUGGUGAGAUGGAGCGGUGACAAGAAGGCCACUGCCACACAGGCCUUGUCUAAGGAGGACUCACUCCCUGGGCAGUAAGGGCCAUACUUACCUGAAGGAAAACACGAUGUGUGUGUAGCAUGGGCCACGUGCUGGAGAAGGUAUGUAACCUCUCAUUCAGUAUAAUUUGGUCCUGCUCAAGCUUCCCAUUUUACUUUCCGUAAGAGGUAAGAGUUGAAGAUUUUCUUUGAAUAAAGAUAUUUAGAGCUUAUCUUUUUCUUUAAUUGAAAUGUGGUUGAUUUACAAUGUUUUGUUAGUUUCAGAUAUACAGCUGUUUUGUUAGUUUCAGGUAUACAGCAUAGUGAUUCAGUUGUACAUAUACAUAGUCUAUUCUUUUUCAGGUUCUUUUCCAUUAAAGGUUGCAAGAUACUGAAUAUUUUCCCCUGUGUUCUGCAGUGAAUCUUUGUUGUUUGUCUAUUUUACAUAUAGUAGUUUGUAAUUGUUUAUCCCAAACUCCUAAGUUAGUUUUCUAAGUCUGUGAGUGUGUUUUUGUUUUGUAAAUAAGUUCAUUUGUAUCAUUUUUAAAAAUUCCACAUACAAGUGAUAUCAUAUGAUACUUGUCUUUCUCUGUCUGAGUUAUUUCACUUUAGUGUGAUAAUCUCCAGGUCCAUCCAUGUUGAUGUAAAUGGCAUUAUUUCCUUCUUUGUUAUGACUGAGUAAUAUUCUUCUAUAUCUAAAUUCUACAUCUUUAUCCAGUCAUCUGUCUGUGGGUGUUUAGUUUGCUUCUAUGUCUUGGCCAUUGUAAGCAAUGCUGCUGUGAACAUUGGGGUGCAGGUAUCUUUUGGAAUUAAGGCUCCCUCUGGAUAUAUGCCCAGGAAUGGGAUUGCUGGAUCAAAUGAUAAGUCUUUUUUUAGUCUUUUGAGGACUCACCAUACUGUUUUCCACAGUGGCUGCACCAAACUACAUUCACACCAACAAUGUAGGAGGGUUCCCUUUUCUCCACAGCCUCUCCAGCAUUUGUGGUUUGUGGAUGUUUGAAUGGUGGCCAUUCUGACUAGUGUGAGAUGAUAACUUAUUGUAGUUUUGAUUUGCAUUUCUCUGAUAAUUAGCAAUAUUGAACCUUUUUUUCAUAUUCCUAUUGGCCAUUUGUAUAUCUUCAUUGGAGAAUUGCUUGUUUAGUUGUUCUGCCCAUUUUUGGAUUGGGUUGUUUAUUUUUUUUUCUUAUUAAGUUGUAUGAACUAUUUAUAUAGUCUAGAAUUUAAGCCAUGUUCAGUCUCAUCUUUUGCAAAAAUUUUCUCCCAUUCCAUAGGUUGUCUUUUUGUUUUGCUUAUGGUUUCUGUUGCUGUGAAAAAGCUGAUAAGUGUAAUUAGGUCCCAUUUGUUUAUUUUGUAUUUUAUUUCUGUUGCUUGGGUGUAAUGCCCUAGGAAAACAUUGCUGAGAUAUAUAUCAAAUAAUAAUUUGCCUACGUUUUCUUCUGAGAGAUUUAUAGCGUCUUGUCUAAUGUUUAAGUCUUUAAGCAAUUUUGAGCUUGUUUCUUUUUUUUUUUUUUUUUUUGCUACUCUAUUGUAUGCUUUCGAUUUGUGGUUAUCUUUUUUUCAAGUAUAUCAACCCAUUACCAUAUCUAUUUCCUUUAGACUGAUAAUCACGUAGGCUCCAACACAUCCUAAGAAUAAUGAGAAAAAAAAAAGAAAGAAAGAGAAAAAAAUCUAUCUUUUCAUGCUACCGUCUCCCAUUACCAACUUUUUGUAUUUUGAUGUACUUUUUCUUUUUUCCAUCUUCAUGUUUAUUGUCUUGUAACUCGUUAUUGCAUUUCCAACUAUGGUUUCCCGUUUGUAUAGCAUCCUGCUUCCUUUCUGUUUAGAAUAGAAACUUUUAAUGUCUCUGUUUGGUUCAAUAAUGCUGAAUUAUCUCCCCAACCCACUCCCCCCCUGCGUCUCUGAAUCCUCAGUGCAGGGAAGCCAAACCAUCCUUGCCUUCAUCGGUUCUGGGAAAGCAAUCUUCAGAGUGGGAAAGAAAACAUUGAAAAAUAAUAUUCUGUGUGUUGCUUUCUACCCUUGCCCAGAGAGUGAGAAUCACCUCUGAAGGCGGAAGAAGAAAGUUGGAGGUGCGGGGCACAAAGUCUUUUGUCCUUUUGCUACUGAAAAAAUGAUUGCUUUUGUAAUUAGUGAUGAUGCCCUUUAAAUUGGUGAGAUCGAGAUUCUACAGCUUCAGCGCCUGUGAAUAACCAGCUGGGAGAAAGCUCUCCUGGGCCCCUGCAGUGGGAAAGGCAGCCCCUCUGAGCACCUGUUCUGUAUUCUUCCUGACUCCACAUGGGUUUGCUACGCACCGCACCGUGCAGGACGAUGCAGUUACCCGAGGUGGAGGACGGGGAGACCCCUGCUGGGUGGAGAGCCACAGGAGCCCACAUUUGAAGGACAAAGUGAAGAGUAGUGGGGCGGGCAUAGGAGGAGAGGAUGGUUGAGACCCAGGAUGGUGUCCUGGAGUCCAGCAGGCGAGGCUGGCGGGGCAGAUGGGGCCCUGGGACAUGGGCAGUCCUUGAGGGAUCUGAAGCAAAGAUAUGAACCAAGAGACUGGAUUCGUGUGGGCGUACAGCGCCCCCUGGAGGCCGCGGGGCAGUGCAGCAAGCCCAGGAGGAGCGGGCAGUUCCCCAGAGUUGGGUUGACAGGUCACAACCAAUUCACUGGGGACCGAGAGGUACCGAGAUAUUGUUAACAUUUUGUCCCUCUUCCUGGAAAAAAAAGCUGCUUCCUGUUGAAUAGCCUGUGUCGUUAGUGAGAAUUAAAGACAUGAAGCAACAUUUCCUCAAAAGUCAUCCAUUGUGUAGUUGUUAAUAAGGGUCAAAUUCAGACUUGAAUAGACUAAAUCAAACAUUCAUCAUCGGAUUUUAAAAUCCUUUAAAAUAAAAAUUCUUGCUGUCUUUGUUCUUCAUUUCAGGGUUCACUUGGUGAUAAUAAUAGUAAACAAAGCAACAGCAAACCCUUACAGAAUUCUGUCCUGCUGUUCCAGGAACUCUGUGUUCACGACAACCCAAUGAGUUGGCACUUUACAUGAAGGACAGUCAUUAAUCACACAGCUAGUAAAUGGCAGACCUGGGACUUGAACCCAAGCUGUCUGGCCCCAGAGCCCCCUCUCAGGCCUUUCACUGCAGCUCAUCACUUGGCAUGCCCGACACAGGCCAGCAUUAAGGAGCAGCGUGACCUUGGCCAAGGCUGCUUCACCGCUUGGUCUCUGUUUCCUCAUCUGUAGAAUGGGGGUGUGGGCAGUGAAUUCUGUGAGCUCAGUGGUCACUUCCUCUAGCUCUGCUAUUCUACUGCUUUAAGUUAAUUUAUUAAAUAUCUGAGCCUCUGAAUGGGCCACCCUGGCGCUUUGCUAGGACCUGGGUUACGGAGAAAAGUAAGAUCAGCCUGCUUCUCCAAGGAGCCUGUCUCCCUCCAUGGGAAACAGCUGCAAGGCCCAGGUUCCCUCGCUGGCGGUUGGGGGCUGGGCAGGAAAGUCUGAUAGAAGAUGGAGGCAGAGCCCCUCCGAGAACAGUGUUGGCCACACAGCUCUCAGGAACGGGAGCGUCUGUCCAGGCUGCUGAGAGGGUUGUCCUCGUGAGGCCAGCAGCCCCCCCCAAAUUAAGCCCUCAGGACAAAGAUCCAGCCAGCCCUGCAGUGUCACCAUAGAGCCAGUCCAUCCUCAUCACUGUGCCCCUGUGCUCCUUUGUCCUGGGGCCUCUCUUUCCCCUACACCCAGAAGACUCUUCUCCCUCUCUUCUCUGAGUGUCCCCUCACUUCACCCGUGGUCCCUGCUUCUGGGCCACCAUCUCUGGAGUUGACACUUUGCCCCCUCACAACCCCCGUUUGAUAAGGAGCCUGGGUUUGCCUCCUUGUGCUCACUUUCCCCCUUCAGAUGAUUGCUCCUACUCUCCUGGGAGCUCCUGGAAAACCCAGGUCCAUUCCUAGCAGUGCCUGCCACCCUGGCCUCCCUGCUCAUCUGCCUCAGUCAGGAGCACCUGGACCACCAGCUCUGUAUUGCCUCGCCUCCUACCAUCAAGACGUCAAAUUUCAUUCUCCCUUCUCCACCCAGUGUGGUCAUUUUAGGGUCUUCUUCUCCGUCAGCCUGAGCCAGACACCCCCCAUUCACCCUACCCCCAGGCUCAUACCCGGGCGUGUCUCCACCCCAGGUCCAGCCUCUCUCCUUUAAGUGCCCACCUCUAGCCAUCCAGCUUCUUCUCCACCAGCCUCCCUGGCCCUCCUUCACCCUCACUGGGGCAUCAUGCGCUGACUCCUCUGCUUUCCUGCCUGUCCACAUUCCUCUUACUUCCACUUCCCCACCUUCCAGCUCUGCAUCCACAGUCAGCACUCUCUUUAUGACAAACAAAACCCCCUUGAGCCUUGACCUUUUCAGUUCCUCACCAGGCCGACUUCCAUCUCGGUUCACCCAGCUCUAUUUGUUCUGAGCCUGCAGGCAGCAGGCUCUCCCAGUACAGGUUUCUAAGACUACAAAUCAAUGCUCACCGUGUUGCCACUGCCAGGCAAUCCUCCAGGGUUUCUCUAGUGAGCACAUUUCACCACUUAUCACUCAGUGGUGUCAACAUUCUCUGCUCUCUGCACACCUCGAAGCUUCCCUCUGUCUCUUCCCUGACUCCCAGCAGAUGGCCUUGCCUCCUGCUUCAGAGAGAAUGACAUGUUACUGGAAAGGAACUCGCUCACCUGCAGCAAAUCUGCUCACCUCACCUUUUAUCUGUCCCUAUCCCACCUGGACUCUAGCUGUAGUUCUUAAUUCAGUGAGUUUAGUUGACAUAUAUAUACACAGUUAAAAGCAUAGCACACUAUCGCCUACCUUCUAGGGCUUAUUGUUUCAAUUUAACAUAGAGUGUGUGAUUCAUCCACUUCGCUGCAUGUACCUGCAGUUCAUUUGUUUUAACUGAUCUUAAGUGUUGUGUGUGUGAAAGUAACACAAGGCAAGGGUAAGCCAGGAUUCAGGAUGCUGGUUACUUCCUGUGAGAAGAGGCCAAGUGCAGGUUAGGGCACAGUAUGUCACUGUCAAUAGUCCUGUUCUGAUGCUGGGUGAUAGGUUCACAACUGUUUCUUAUAAUAUUAAUUUUAAUACAUAAAUACUUCUCAAAGGCACCUAAGGUGAGAUUGUGUCAUGAACCAAGGCAUACAAUGGGUAAUAUUACAUCAUUAUUGUUAUGUAAUCUUGUUAUAAAAUAUAUUAAUCAUAAUCCUACAUUGUUAUGUAUUAUAUAUUAUAUAGAUGCAUGAAUUAUAUAUUAUGUAUAUAAAUACCUACAUACGUAUUAUAUACUAUCUGAUAAUAAAUAAACAGAACAUAUUAUGGUAGUAUAUCUACUAUUAUGUAUUAUUUAAUAAAUAAUAACAUACUGUAUCCUGUUAUAUGACAUGGCACCUAAUCUUUAAUCAAAUAAAAAUAUGCCACUGUA